UGUCACUCCAAAACGGUGUUAAAUACCGUGUUGUUGCCGCUUUUUCCCAAGCACGGAAAAGAAAAGUUUUGCAUCGAAAAAGUGUUCAAAAACGGCAGAAACCAUCACUCAUCGGCGAGAAAAUCGUUCAACCGAUCACAAUAGAUAGAAUGUCCGAUCGAGAUCGAGAAUAUCGUGGCGGCGGAGGAGGAGGAGGUGGUCGUGGUGGUGGCGGAGGAGGAGGCGGCGGCGGAGGUGGUGGUGGUGGUGGACGCCAUCGUUCACGGUCCCGCGAGCGUCGUCGCAGCCGGUCCCGGAGCAGGGGAGAACGGAGAAGAUCGUCCCGGUCCCGCUCGCCGUACCGGAAGCACCGUUCCCGUAGGCGCAAGCCGUCCCUGUACUGGGAUGUUCCACCGCCCGGUUUCGAGCACAUUACGCCGCUACAGUACAAGGCGAUGCAGGCGGCGGGACAGAUUCCGGCCAACAUAGUGGCGGACACGCCGCAGGCAGCCGUGCCCGUGGUGGGCUCGACGAUUACGCGCCAGGCGCGCCGGCUGUACGUGGGCAACAUACCGUUCGGCGUGACGGAGGAGGAGAUGAUGGAGUUCUUCAACCAGCAGAUGCACCUUUCCGGGCUGGCGCAGGCGGCCGGCAACCCGGUGCUGGCCUGUCAGAUCAAUCUGGACAAAAACUUUGCGUUCCUGGAGUUCCGCUCGAUCGACGAAACGACGCAAGCGAUGGCAUUCGACAGCAUUAACUUUAAGGGGCAAAGCUUGAAAAUUCGUCGACCGCACGAUUACCAGCCAAUGCCCGGUAUGACUGAUUCGGCCGCGGUCAACGUUCCCGAAAAAUUCUCCGGUGUUAUCAGCACAGUGGUACCGGACUCGCCGCACAAGAUCUUCAUCGGAGGUUUGCCGAACUAUCUGAACGAGGACCAGGUUAAGGAAUUGCUGCUAUCGUUCGGUCAACUGAAAGCGUUCAAUCUGGUCAAGGACGCCGCGACCGGGCUGGGUAAAGGUUAUGCCUUUGCCGAGUACGUCGAGUACACGGUUACGGAUCAGGCAAUUGCAGGGCUGAACGGUAUGCAGCUGGGCGAUAAAAAGCUGAUCGUACAACGUGCCAGUGUAGGAGCGAAGAACUCGAACGCGGCCGUCGUCGCACCGGUCCAGAUUCAGGUGCCCGGUCUUUCGCUAGUCGGUUCGUCGGGUCCUCCGACCGAGGUGCUGUGCCUGCUGAACAUGGUCACGCCGGACGAGCUGAAGGACGAGGAAGAGUACGAGGACAUUCUCGAGGACAUUCGGGAGGAGUGCAACAAGUACGGUGUGGUGCGGAGCGUCGAAAUCCCGCGCCCCAUCGAAGGGGUGGACGUGCCCGGCUGCGGCAAGGUGUUUGUCGAGUUCAACUCGAUCGUCGACUGCCAGAAGGCGCAGCAAGCGCUUACUGGGCGCAAGUUUAGCGACCGUGUGGUCGUCACGUCGUACUUCGAUCCAGAUAAGUAUCAUCGGCGCGAAUUUUAAGCGACUUUCUCCACAUCAGUGCAGCUGCUGCGGGCUGCUGCUGCUUAUGGCGGGCGAUCUCUGUGCGGUGUGCACAGUGACGAGCGCUGCAACUUUGAAACAUCAUAAAUCUACACAAUUCCAUUCGCUUGAAGAUUCCUGCCCGACGCAGCUGUCCAUAAGUCAA